AUCACGAAACUCGCUGAGUGUCUGGGCGCUCGCUGCAGCUUUGGUUGGAGCUUGUUUGCAAUCUUCCCUGGCAAAGAUCAUGCCCGUAGAGUCCAGCAAAGUGUCCGUCCGGAGGGAGUUUCUGCGGAGUGUGCUGGGAGUUCUGCGGAUCCUUCAGCUCGUCCUGGGCACCGUGGUCUGGGUAACCAUCGCGGUGAGCAAGUACGACGGAACUUUGCACUACGUGGUUUUCGUGGCUGUACUCUUCUGGCUCACCACCCUCGCCCUCUUCUUCCUCACCCUGUUGGGCAAGAGCGAGCUGGUGCCGCUGCUGGGAGGCGAACGCUGGCCCCUGACCAACGCUGUGCACGAUGGACUGGCUGCUGUCCUCUACCUGGUGGCUUCCUGCCUGAUCGGUAACAAGACCCGAGAGAAGAGCUUCUGCGACCUGCCCGGCUACAGCUACCACUGCCCGUACAAAGUCUACCUGAGUGCCACCGUCUUCGUCUGCCUCUGCACCUUCCUGUACUUCAUCUCCGCCAUCUACUGUGCCUGCAGAAAGUGCCGCGGCGAGCAGUUGGUCGUCUAGCACUUGGCUCUCCCGGGGGACCUUGGAUUCCGAGUGGCAUGCCCGUCCCGCGCGACCCGCACAGAACACGCAUGAUAUGGCUGUUUCGUCUUCCGUUUCUUUUUGCUGGACCUCGAGAUUCCGCCAGUUGUUGGGCACGGAGGCAACAGGAGCGAUUCCCGGUGAAAGAGGAGAGGGAGAUUUAGCGAGGAAGGCCACCAAAAUGGAAAUGGGAUAUUAGGAUUUUGUUUUCUUCAUCUGAAGAAGAGAAGAUUCUGUAUGGAUUAUUUCCUGAAAGAUAAGGCCCUAUGACAUAGAAGCAGAAUUAUUGUCUGCUGUGCAAUUCCAUCGGGGUGACUUGUUCCUCUCAACCACAUUCUCUUGCCUUCUCCCCAUAACCUUUCAUGCCCAUACUAAUCAAGAACCUAGCCACCUCCGCUUUAAAUAUACCUAAUGACUUGGCUUCCACAGCUGUCUGUAGCAAUGAAUUCCACAGAUUCACCACCCUCUGGCUGAAGAAAUUCCUCCUCAUCUCUGUUCUAAAGGGACAUCCUUGUGUUCUGAGGCUGUGCCCUUUGACCCUAGACUACCCCACUGUAGGAAACUUCCUCUCCAUGUCCACUCUAUUUAGGCCUCCAGAGCUGCGUGUGUGUGUGAAAUAGAUAGAUCCCAGAAUUAUCAAUCUCCCCCACCCGCCCCCACCCUCUGCUCCACCUUCACCUCUCACUGGAGACUGGCAUUCCUGCAUGACGUUUUGGCUGGAGAUUGAAGUUCACUUCCCACCCUCUCCCCAGACUCCUCUCAUCCCUUGCAACAUUCCACUGCACGGAUCUUGGGAGCUGAACUAACUUCCUUUUGACAAGCUGAAUUAAGGCACUGUACUGUAAAGCAAGUGAGAGACAGACAGACCCACAACCGAUGUGGCCAGUUGGCAAGCAGAAUAUUUCUACUGUACAUGUUUUGAACUGCGUGUGUUUAAUUUCCUUUGUUCAGGCAGUUGGGAGGCACUGUAAUUUUACCCAAAGUGUAUAAUUGUUGGUGUACAGAAACCCCAGUGACCCUGGAAGUUUCUUCCAAGUUUAGGCCUAUUACCAAUGUAAUUAUUUGCUCUCUGAUUUGUAAUAGAGCUUGCCUGAACUUGUGGUAGCAAAUUGCAGGGUGAUAUGUUUGUUUUAAGCUAAAGGAUUAUUCACUCUUGGCCUCUUUACUAAGUACCUCCUGUACCAAAUAACAUGGCCACUGAGUGUUUGAUUGUGGUCUUCUGCUGCUGUCGCCCACCCAUUUCAAGGUUCAACAUGUACGUUCAAAGAUGCGUGCUUCUGCUCACCAACCUUCCGGUCGGCUUGAACUAGACUGGCCAUUCUCUGAUGUCUCUCAUUAACAAGGCAUUUUCACCCACUGAACUGCCACUCAAUGGAUGUUUUCUAUUUUUCACACUGUUCUCUGUAAACUCUGUUGUGUGUGACAAUCCCAUGAGAUCAGCAGUUUCUGUGAUACUCAAACCUCCCUGUCUGGCACCAACAAUCAUUCCACAGUCAAAGUCACUCAGAUCACUUUUCUUCCCCCUUCUGCUGUUUGGACUAAACAUCAACAGAGCGUCUUAACAUGCCUGUAUGCCUUUAUACAUUGAGUUGCUGCUACAUGAUUGGCUGAUUAGACAUUUGCAUUAACGAGCAGGUUAAUAAAGUAGCCACUGAGUGUGUAUCUUCGUAUCCAGUUAAGGUGGUGUGGUUUGGUAGGAUACCGAGGCACACAGAUUUAUUUAUCACGUACAUUGAAGCACCGAAACAUCCAGUGAAAUGUUUUGUUUGCUUCAACAACCGACUCCGUCCGAGGAUGUGCUGGGGGUGGGGGGGGGGCAGUCCGCAAGUGUUGCCAUGCUUCCAGCACCAACAUAGCGUGCCCAGCACGUACUAACCAUGACCAGUAUGUUUCUGGAAUGUGGGAGGAAACUGGAGCACCUGGAGGAAACAUACGUGGCCAUGGGAAGAAUGUACAGGCAGCAGCAGGAAUUGAACCGCUGUCAAUGAUUACUGUCAUUGUAAUAGCCCUUAGAGGAUCAAAGUUAGGAGGAGUUCCACUGAUGAGGGGGCUGCCUGAUUUUGGGAUUCACAUUGUGGUGUUUGAGGGAGUCAUUGGAAUGGGCCCUGGAUCUUGAUGGAAGGUGCUAGCUAGAAAUAUCAACUGUUUACUCCUAUCUAUACAUAGAUGCUGCCCAACUUGCUGAGUUCCCGCAGCAUUUCAUGCGUGCUGCUCUGGAUACAGUAGAAGGGUUUCUGGGCAGAGAAUGGAUUGUGUGAUAAACUAGGUGGAUGGGAACUGGGAGGUGUGGGAAUCUGGAGACUCUUAUGGACAUGAGGGAUUCUGCAAAUGUUGGAAAUCCAAAGACACAAAAUGUUGGAGAAACUCAGCAAAUCGGGCAGCCUCUAUGGAGGGGAAUAAACCGUUGACGUUUUGGGCUGAGACCCUUCGUCAGCAGGUGCCAGCAUUUCUUGCUGAUCCCUAGUUCCCCAUGAGAAGGUGGGCUUGACCAUUGCAGUCCUACUGGUGAAGGUGCUCCCACAGUGAGCUGUUGGGGAGCUCCAAGAUUCGGAUCCAGUGACAGUGAAGGAAUGGCGAUGGAUUUCCGAGUUGAGGAUAGAGGGUGAGUUGGAGCGGAGUGAUGCUCCCGUGUGCCUGGAACCCUUCCAUAAUGGAGGGCACGGUCAUAGGCUUUGAAGGGUGUGAGUGGACAAUAGACAAUAGGUGCAGGAGUAGGCCAUUCAGCCCUUCGAGUCAGCACUACCAUUCACUGUGAUCAUGGCUGAUCAUUCACAAUCAGUACCCUUUUCCUGCCUUCUCCCCAUAUCCCUUGACUCCGCUAUCUUUAAGUUAGGUAGGUAGCUGAGGCAUAAAGGCAUAUGGCUCAUAUGGGAGUUAUGAGAGUGAGGGGUGGGUAAUUGGGUGUAAAAGAAACUUCAUUUAUUAACCCAAAGAUGGUACUGCAGGCAUCCUUAUACAGCGUGCAGUUACAGCUGGAGAUAUUAUCAAGGCAUUUAGAUGACAUGGUAGCGUAGGGUUAACAUAACGCUGUUAACAGAGCCAGCAACCCUGGUUUAAUUCCACCACUGUCUGUAAGGAGCUUGUAUGUUCUGUCAGUGACCGUUCCAAUUCCCUUCCUCACUCCAAAGACCUACGAGUUAGUGGGUUAAUUGGAUGUAAUCAGGUGUAAUUCCAGCAGGCUUAUUGGGCUGGAAGAACCUGUUAUGCUAUAUCUAAAUUUUAAAAAAAAUACAAAGAACGAUUCCUAGACAGGAAGGAGUUACAGGUUGGAGUCUAAUGGAGGGGUUUGGGAGGGGGAUGGUUAUGUGUGGAAUAACUGAUACGCAGGGGUAAGUUAUGGGCUGGAAUAUAAUUAAAAGAAUUGGGAGUUUGUAUAUGGAAUAAAAGAUCCCCCAGGGGUGUGAUGGAAUAAAAUUGACCAGGUUGUAAGAACAGUGGACAUUUGGAAGUGUGUUACACAUUGGAAUGUAUCCAACGGGCCUCCAUUUUAAGGAUGAAAUUGCAGUUCCACAAAGCAUGCCGGGUAUGAACUAAUGUUCUCAGAAUGUGAAGUGCAAGGAUGAAUAUCUCAUGAAGAAGCCUCCUAGAUCCAGCUGUUGAUACAGAUAUGACGUAUCCCAGUAACCCAAUAUUGCCCUGGGUUUCUAUUAGGAACAGGAGAAGUCACACUUAAAACAGUGCUCCCUUUCCCAUCCUCACACCCUGUGUCAUCUGCAAGCACCAGCUUUUCCCCCCUCUGAUUUAAUACAGAUCAGCCCGUGUGUGACGGGAAUGUCAUUCUGAUGAUGGGGUGGGGGAGUUUCCUCAGUCCAAGAGUACAUGUGUAAACCACAGGUUAGAUCAAGACCCUUCUCACUGCUCAUCCAGUAGCAUGUCAUGUUUCGGAGACAAAGAUUUAGGAAGGAUGUGAGAGAUUAGGUUUAUUUGUAAUUGAAAGAUGCAGUAAAUAUGUCCUUUGUGUCAAAUCAAAUCAGCGAGUAUUGUACUGGAGCAUUGUAUAAGACUUACCGUGCUUCCAGUGCCAACAUAGCAUACCCAAAGCAGCACUCACAACAUGCUGGAGGAACUCAGCAGGUUGGGUAGCAUCUGUGGAAAUGAUCAGUCAACGUUUCAGGCCGGAACCCUUCGUCAGGACUCCCCAAAACGUUGACUGAUCGUUUCCACGGAUGCUGCCCGACCUGUUGAGUUCCUCCAGCGUGUUGUGAGUGUUGCUUUGACCCCAGCAACUGCAGAGUAUUUUGUGUUUACGAUAGCAUGCCCAUAACUUGCCAACCCAAACUGUACUGUAUGUUUCUGGAAUGAGGGUGGGGCACUCGGAGGAAACCCACGUGGUCACGGGGAGAAUGUGCAAACUCUUUACAGCUGCGACACGAAUUGUAUCCCAAUUAGUGAUCACUGGUGCUGUAAGAUCAGAAUCGGGUUCAGUAUUACUGGCAUAUGUCAUGAAAUCUGUUGUGACAGCGGUUCACUGCUAUAAUAAUAGUUAACUAUAAAUUAUGAUUAGCUAAAUAUAUAUAUAAAUAUUAAGUAAGUAGAUUUAUUGUGCAUUUAAAACUGAUGGUGGAGGGGAAGAAGCAGGUUCCUGAAACACUGGGUGUGUGACUUCAGGUUGAUAACAAUGAGAAGAAGACAUGUCCCGGGUGAUAGGGGCCCUUAAUGAUGGACCCCCUUCACCUUUUUGAGAUCACCUUUUGAAGGUGCCCUCAAGUGCUGGGGCGGCUAGUGCCCUAGAUGGAGAUGGAAGAACUUACAACCUUCUGUAGCUUUUUCCAAUCCUGUGUAGUGGCCCCUCCGUACCCGACAGCUGGAAUGCUCUCCACGGUGCAUUUGUAGAAAUUGGUGUGUGUCUUUGAUGACAUACCAUAUCUCCUCAAACUCCUAGCGAAAUGUAGCCGCUGCCGUGCCUCCUUUGUAAUUGCAUCAAUACAUUAAAGUGAUUAUGCUAACCACUACCCUACUGUGCCACCACUUUCAUGGUUUCCG